UCGGAGAAACUACGCAUUCGAAUAAAUGCAUUCGAAAUGUUGCACUUGAAUUAUUCCUAAUUAUUCUCAUGAUACAUCAUAUACAAAUCAGUGAUCACAAAAAAUUAUUAAGUCAUUCUCCACGAAUUAUCUUGCAAAUAAAAAUUAUCUUUAAUUUUACGUAACAGCAUGAUCGCUAUUUAUUUACAUAAAAUCACAUGUUUAGACCAUGUCUCUAGAGUAAAUCAGGAAAGGUAAUGUCUUUUCCAUUAUUGAUUCAUUCCCUAUAUUUUUUUCUUUAAUUCCCAGUAUUCUUGUUGACCACCAAUCGACGAUACAUUAGUGAUAAUGGAAUGGCAACUAUUUAUAUCAGGUUUUGCUGGGGCAGAUAUGCGUGGAUAAAUCGCUGAAUAUCUGCAUUUCACUUCAGUCAAUCUUCCGGCGCUUCUGCUCGAUUCAAUCUCACGACCAAACUCCUGCCAAGUUUUUCGAUAUUUCAGUCUUUUUCGGAUAGUGGGCUUCAUGGCCUCUGGGGAGAAUAUUCUAGUGUGGGACAGCGAACAUGAGGACUUCAUUCCGAUCUGGAAGUUUUCCCUGUUCCGGAAUUUAAUUCUGAAGCAUCGUAAUCUCAGUUUAGGGGUGGAGAAAGCUAGACUGGAGGGACAGACUCUAAGGAUCGGCUAUCAUGCUGAGGUGAAUUUGAUGACUUUUGCGAACAACGGCACCAAGAUCUCAGGGCUCUUGGGUGAUUUGUGGACUAUGCUCUCAGACUUAUUGAAUUUUACCAUCGCAGCUAUAGAAAUACCGGAAGCUCAAUUUGGCACUCAAUCGAGCGCAAGUCACGUCGGUCUCAUGGGAAUAUUACGACGUAAUGAAGUAGAUAUUGUACCCCGCGUUGCAUUCUACCUGAACACUAAUGAGCUGAUUGAUUAUUCCACCCCUCUCUGGACCAACAGCUUCAGGGUUUUCGUCAGACCGCAAUUCGACUCUGAUGACUCCUGGAUAUUCAAGGUCUUCGCCUGGCCUUGUUGGAUCUCCAUCAUGACGUCGAUAGCCCUCUUCAGUUUAUUUGGGGCUCUUUCCGACAGGCUGAACGCUGCCAGAUUUCAGAGGAGCAGUCUGGGGCAUCUGCUCUCGGAACAUUUUUUCUACACGUUCGGGGUGUUCUGCAAUCAAGGGGACAUGCCCGCCACUAUGGAACGGUCCCGUAUAAUGGCAUUUUUCCGGAGGACAUGUGCCUGGUUGAUCAUAAGCAUUUUCAGUACAUCUCUCGUUGCAUCAAUGACCCAUAAAGAAAUGCAUCUGCCGUUCACCGGGAUAUCCUCCCUCCUGGCUAACACUGAUUACAAGCUCGUUCUCACGACAGCUUCCCUAGCAUUCAGCAAAUUUCACGACUUCAUCCUCCCGAAUUUUACGUCCCCCAAGUACAGACGUAGAUUCGAGUACACCCGUAUCGCUGAGGAUAUGUACAGAAAGGGAUGUCAUGGAAGCGGUAAAACAGCUAUUUUCGAGUCUGAAGACAGAUAUCGAGCCUGGGCAACUCGUACAUGCACAUUCAUCCCGACCAAGGAGACUUAUUUUUCAACGUGGAUCACCACCGGAAUGACGAAGGGCUUUGAAUACAAACGUCCAAUUGAUAACGGGAUUCUGAAAUUAAUUGAAGUGGGACUACUAACUGCCCUGAAGGACCGCUGGCUGAUUCCCCCGCUGACAUGGCCUCCGGAUAAAUACGUAGUAGUGGGAAUGAAGCAAGUGUACAUCAUCUUCACAGUUCUAUCGAUAGGAGUUGUGGUAUCUCUUGUAAUUUUUACAGUGGAGCACAUCGUUGUUAUACAUCGUCGAUACCAUCUUCGGAAGAAGUGGGAUGAGCAGCUUCGCAAGCGGGCGCGAAGACUGAAAGUCGUGUGGAUUCGUCGGAAUUCCUUCGAGAACAAGAACGUCCUCGGGGAGAGAAAUGCUUUUUUUCUUUGAGAAUCGAUACCAAUGACACAGGUCAAGCAGUCAAAUUAUAUUAAAUAAUUCAAUUCACAAGUUGACAAGUUUGACUUUUCUUCAAACGACCCGCGUGACGCUUUACCUUCUCUCCAUUGAACUGAUGUACCGACGAAUAGAUGGUGGGGCCCUCCCUCGUCAUGGGACUAGACCACAACUCGUCCGGAUGACGCAGUUCAGUGGUUCUACGCAUGCGUACUCGACCACACCAGAGUACGAUCCUUUAAUUAAUUAAUUUGUCGUAAAUAAUGAUUGAUAGACUAAUGAUAAUGACCCUAGACUAAUGAUAUCACCUAGAAACGAUGUUGAAGCUAUGGGCAAGGCCUAUUGUGACCUUCAAUUGAGAAAUAAAAAAUGGCGUGCACACUUUUUAAAAAAAUGUUUUUAAUUCAUAAAAAAAU